UCUGUCAAUCUGUCAUACCUGACAGAUGUCAUGUAUCGAUCAAUAAAAGUUCGUUGAUGGCUUUCCUCCCCCCUUGCAUCGCCGAUUCACCUUGAUUCCUAAAUCCAAAGAAAGAUCCUUUGGACUCCAAAGAAAUGCUAAGGAGGAUCACCCAGGAGAACGCAUUCAUUGGUAUCAGCAGCAACUUUUUGAAAUAGUUUUGAUGGCUCUGUUCGAACCAUCGCCUAUAGGUAACACUGAUGGCCACGCUCAUAUCGUUGAAAUGAGAGCAGGAAAAAUGUACAGGCAGGGCACUUGGGUAUACCCCGAUAAAAGGAAAGGCUCACUCUACAUCUAUAGGAAUUCCGACGACCUGAUGCAUUUCUGCUGGAGAGACAGGACAACUUUUGCGGUCGAGGACGACUUUAUCAUCUUUCCGGGAGACUGCACGUAUACCAAAGUGAAGCAGUGUACAACUGGUCGCGUUUAUGUGCUCAGGUUUGAAAGUUCUACCGUCAGAAUGUUCUAUUGGCUGCAGGAACCAAAAACUGACAAAGAUGACGAGCAUUGCCGGCGUAUAAAUUACCUCUUGAACCAUCCUCCGCAUCACCAGAACACCCUCUCCUCAGCUUUCAACAUAACCGAAGCUCAACUGUCGAGGAUAUUUGGUCCGGAUGUUGCUGCUCAGCUGUCUGCCUUAGUGAUGAACGAGGAACACAGCAGAUUUGCUGGUAGAUCUGGGUCAGUUGACAGAAACAAUUCAGGCACGCAUACCAAGCACGACACUACUCCUCUAUCUGAAAGUGGCACCUCAGCCGAAGAUCAAAAUACAGCGAAUAAGAGGAAGAGUAAUCUCAAAACCGAUGUGAAUGAAAGCUUCAAAACGAACGGGAAGAAGCAGACCAAAAGUGUUACCAUCUUGGACGCUGUAGACAGUGGAAAGACUAAAAGCAAGGACCAAAUAGACAAGAAGAAUGAGAAGAAGACGGCAAAAACUGCUACAACUGGUGGGGACUUGAAAGAUGGCUCAGAUGAGGAUGAUGAUCAAGAUACUAUUGACGGCAGUCAUACUGAUGACGAUGAUGACAAGUCUAAGUGAAAACUAGGAAUUUAAAGAAGAAUUGUGCACAACAAUUGAGACAUUCAAUAAGAAAUACAUGGCUUCUGAAUUUA